GGAGACGAGGCCUGAGCAUGAAUUCGUCUGUUCUGAUGUUUAUAUGCACUUCGGAUUCUCCGUCGCGGAUGUGAAAGCUCUUGGAAUUGAGAAACCAUAUGAAAUCGACGUUGGACUUUGAUCUGAAAAGCACAACCGACAUCCUCAUCCCAGCCACCUCCAGUAUAUCAACAAUAUUUGCGGGUGAGCUCUUUCACCUGGCGUCAUGGAUAUGGAUUAUGGCUCCCAGGGCCCGACAGCGACGGCAAUCAGUAUCGUCUUUGCUGUCUUGACGGCCUUAGUUAUAUCUGCGCGCUUGUUUUCGAGAAUUUAUAUCGUGCGCAGUACCGGGCUCGACGACAUAUUGAUGGUUGUUGCUGCAGCAUUAUCUUGGGCAUUCAUCGCCAUGACAGUCUUAGCCGUCAACCAUGGCCUAGGAUCCCACUUCGAUGUUGUUCUGGCAAUGGGGCCAGAGAACUUUUUAACCUACCUCAAGAUUGUUUAUUUCUCCUCUAUCUUUUACAACGCUACGCUUUGCUUCAUUAAGCUAUCCGUACUUGCGCUGUACAUGAGACUCGGCGACGAAACCCUUCGCCGUAUGUCCAUCGUUAUGAUGGGGGUCAUCGCUUGCCAAGGACUCGCCUUCGUUCUGACCUGCAUCUUCCAAUGCAGCCCCGUGAGAGGCGCCUGGGAACCGUCGAUGGUACCAGGGCCGAAAUGUGUUAAUAUCAACGCCUUUUAUCUUUCGAAUGCGGCAUUGAAUAUCGUUACCGACUUGAUCACAUAUGCACUCCCGGUCCGCAUGAUAUUGCACUUACAGACGCCAGUAAAACAGAAGAUUGCUGUUGGUGUUAUGUUUAGCUUGGGAUUUUUCGCUUGUAUCUCCUCCAUUGUCCGUAUGACUUUUGUUCCCUCUAUGCUGGUAUCCACAGAUCCGACCUGGGCCAUCGGACCGCCAAUGUACUGGUCGGUCAUCGAGACCAACAUUGGCAUUCUCGCCGCCUCGAUACCCUCAUUCAAACCCAUCGCCAGACGCUAUCUCCCACGUAUCAUUGGCGAGUACAGCUCCGGCGGCCGCAGCUACCCCGGCGCCUCAUCCAGCCGAAACUUCGGCAAGAUCUCAAACACAGGAGGAGAGUGGUCUGGGUCAAUGCCGUUGAAGCCGGUGCACGCUAGGGACGGGGUCACCACUACUGUUAUAACAAGCCGGGGAGAUGAUCUGGGAGGCAUGUCGAAGACCAGCUCUGGCAGUGAGCAGAGUCUGGUGAGCAACAAUGGGAGGAUUACACAGUCGACGCAGAUUUCACAGAAGGUUGAGAACUCGCGGCUGUGAGAGGAGAAUGUAUAUACCCUGGAACCAAGGCGUUUGAGGUUAAACACGUAGCGGCUGGAGUGUAUUGCCUGUACUAGAUAUGAA